UCUUAUAUCUUUGGACUUUCUAGCAAAACACGUCACUUGCUGUAAAGCUGGCGCUUGCCUACGUGUUGAAAAUAUAAAAUAUUAAACUAAUAAUCUUCUCAGAGAUUUCAAGAUGGUUAACAGCCAACGAAUGCGAAUUGCGAACGAAAAGGCUAGUAAAAAUGUCACCCAGCGUGGAAAUGUGCCAAAAACAUCGAAAGCACAAGAUGAAAAGUAUGCAGUUGGGCCCUGGCUUUUAGGCUUAUUUAUAUUUGUGGUGUGUGGGUCUGCGGUGUUCCAGCUCAUACAAAGCAUCAGGUUUGGAUGAGGAGAUAAUGCUGGGCCAAAUUUCUAUUCCAUGAAGAGAAUGGACCAGUAAUCUUUAUACAAAUAUUUACAUACAUAUAUAUAUAUUUUCAACCAGUUUCAAUAAAAUAUUGUUUUCCGAA